GCGGCGGCGGCGGCGGCGACGGCGGAGCAGCAGCCCUGCGCGGGCCAUGUCUUCUCCGGCCGUGGCGAGGGCGUCCCCGGGCGGGAAUCGGGAGGCGGCCGGCGGACCGCGGAGUCGGGACGGGCCGUGGGAAGUGGGCGGCGGCGAGCGGCUGGAGCGCGCGGGCGCGGAGCCGGGGCGCUGGGAGCUGCUGCUCCGCCGCGGGGAGCUGCUGGCGCUGGGCGGCCACCUGAAGGGAGCGCUGGAGGCGUUCGCGGCCGCGCUCCGCCGCGGGGCCCCGGCCAGGCCCGAGCGUCUCGGCUCGCUGGUGGACUGCCUGGUGUUCAGCUACCGGCUCCGGCACGGGCUGCGCUGGAGCGCGGCGCCCGCGGCGGGCGCGGCCGGGCUGCUCAGCUGCCUGGGCUGCCGGGGCUUCCUCAGCGAGCCGGUGACCGUGCCGUGCGGCCACAGCUACUGCCGCCGCUGCCUGCGGAGGGAGCUGCGCGCCCGCUGCCGCCUGUGCCGGGACCGCCUGCCGCCCGCCGCCGCCGCCGCCGCCGAGGGGACCCCGAGGCCGCCGCCCCUGGCCGCCGCCAUCGCGGACUUCCGAACGAGCGUCGUGCUCAACCACCUGGCGGAGAAGUGGUUCCCCGGCCAGCGCGAGCGCGCGCGGGCGGCCGGCCGCCUCGGGGAGCUGCUCCACCAAGGGCGCUACCGGGAGGCCCUGGCCGCCGCCUGCGACGCCCUGCGAGCAGAGCCUAGCGACCUGACUCUCAAAAUCUACAGAGCAGAAUCCUACGCCGGCCUGCAGGAGUUUAAAGCAGCCAUAGAGGAUCUCAAUGCAGUUCUCUUUCAGCUUCCCAACUGGCCUGAGGUGUACUUCAGGAAGGGGAAGGUCCUCCAGGACGCCGGGUUCCUAGGCGAUGCCUUACAGCUCUUCCUCCAGUGCUUAGCGCUCGAUGAAGACUUCGCGCCUGCGAAGCUCCAGGUGGAAAAGAUUUUGUGUAACUUAUUGUCACCUGAAAAUUUAAAGGAAGGCCUAAAGGAGUCUUCCUGGAGUUCAUUACCAUGUAUCAAAAACAAACCUUUUGGUUUUCCUUCUGUAACAGAAGAGCCUCAGUCUCCUGGUGAGCUUAGCCUAAAGCAGAUCGAAGAACAACCCGAGCAUGCCCCAGAGCCUGUCAAAGGAAGCUUAAACCGUGCUCGGUCGGCACAAGCCAUCAAUGUAGCAGCCAUGCCUGUCAGAGACGAUGGUUUAAAGCGCGUGUCCUCCGAACCUUUACUGUCCACUCAGGGAAGAGGUGUUCUGCUGAAAAGGAAGUUGUCCCUCUUAGAACAGGAUGUGGUUAUUAAUGAAGACGGGAGGAAUAAGCUCAAAAAGCAAGGUGAGGCUCCCAGUGAAGACUGUGUGUUCUCAUUAGCUUAUGGUGACAUCCCGGAAGAAUUAAUAGAUGUCUCAGACUUUGAGUGCUCCCUCUGUAUGAGGUUAUUUUUUGAGCCAGUAACAACCCCUUGUGGACAUUCAUUCUGCAAGAGUUGUCUUGAGCGUUGUUUAGACCACGCGCCAUACUGUCCCCUCUGCAAAGAAAGCUUGAAAGAGUAUCUAGCGGACAGGAGGUACUGUGUCACACAGCUGCUGGAAGACUUGAUAGUGAAGUACCUGCCGGAUGAGCUGUCCGAGAGGAAGAAAAUCUAUGAGGAAGAGACCGCUGAGCUCUCACACCUGACCAAGAAUGUCCCAAUAUUUGUUUGCACUAUGGCCUACCCCACUGUGCCUUGUCCUCUCCAUGUGUUUGAGCCCAGAUACAGGCUCAUGAUUCGAAGAAGUAUCCAGACUGGAACCAAGCAGUUCGGGAUGUGUGUCAGUGACACACAAAACAGCUUUGCAGAUUAUGGCUGUAUGUUACAAAUUCGAAACGUGCAUUUCUUACCUGAUGGAAGGUCAGUUGUGGACACAGUUGGAGGAAAGCGGUUUAGAGUUUUAAGAAGAGGAAUGAAAGAUGGAUACUGUACUGCGGACAUUGAGUAUCUGGAAGAUGUUAAGAUUGAGAAUGGAGAUGAAAUACAGAGUCUUCGAGAACUUCAUGACUUGGUGUACUCGCAAGCCUGCAGCUGGUUUCAGAACUUAAGAGACAGAUUUCGAAGCCAAAUCCUUCAGCACUUUGGCUCAAUGCCUGAGAGGGAGGAAAACCUCCAGGCGACCCCCAACGGUCCUGCUUGGUGUUGGUGGCUGCUGGCAGUCCUUCCUGUGGACCCUCGCUAUCAGCUCUCCGUACUGUCCAUGAAGUCUCUAGAGGAACGGCUGACAAAGAUACAGCAUAUUCUGACUUACUUUUCUAGAGACCAAUCUAAGUAACGAACUGCUUGGAUCUUACUCUAAAGUCACCGUGAUCCGGCUGCGUUCACGGCCGGGUUGUCCGCUGCCUUUGCACACCCAGUGCUGGUUUAAGAAAUUAAGGAAACUUUUUUUUUUUUCUCUUCAACCUCCUGAAUCUCGAGGAUCUGCAAAUGAAUACCUUCAACUAGGUCCUAGACCACUAAGAACUUGCACAGAAAACAUGCACUGAGUGUGUGUUAAACCUCUACAUUGUGAUAAACUUGCACUAUGUACCAUACUCUAAAUGAUCUAAGUAUUCCAUGUAUGCCUGUGUGCGUGUAUGCGCGUGCACACGUGUGUGUGUGUGUGUGUGUAUGUGUACGUGCUAUAUGCAUGUAUGUGUAUGAAUGUGUGUGUGUGUGUGUGUGAGUGUGUGAGUGUAUGCUUUUCUCUGGCUUUAAAUUUUAAAAGACAAAAAAAAAAAAAAGCCAUAGAGAGAGAACUUACUGAGGGUCCUCUAUUGCCUAAGUUUACAACAGUUGUCAUAGGAGUUUCCGCAGAUUGAAUUUGCCUCAGAUUAAUUUGUCCCGAUGCUUCUAUUUGCACAAGUAUGUAAACUACGGUAUAGAGUAUCAUUUUUUUGUUGUUGUUGGAAAUCCUGCUCUUGCUGAACUGUCUUGGCCAUUGACUAUGACCCAGUUUCUUAUUUAUGUAAAUACUUGCAUCCCAGUGGCCGGCAGGCAGGGAUACAGGACCCAGAGCCAGCCUCCAGGAACAACUGCAGACCUGACACGGUACUGUGCAUCCAUUCAUAAAACACUUCAAACUGUGAAAAUAUGGUUUACAUUAAAAUGUACAUAAAGCUAGAUGGAGAAUUCGAUUUAGCCAGUUAGCUUGUAUAUUUUAGGGGGCUUUUCACAUUAACUGCCCGUCUAUGUCACUUAGAGUUUGACAUGAUAACUUGUAUUUAAGGACUUCCGUAGUAUAUAAAUCCUGUUGAGGAGCUGGAGGAGGAGGAGGAGAAGCUUAAUGUAGGACUAAGCUUGUAAGGUUUGUUUUGUUUUACUCUGGUCUUGGUGCAAAUGUUAGUUAUGCCUUAUUCAGAUCACAGUUAGAGCACCAUGCUGUGACAUGGUUAUAUCCAUGCUGCCCUAGCCCUUUUAUAAUUAUUUGUUGCAGAUUUGUGACUGUCUCUAUUAACUUUCUUUUAUGUAAGUAAUUUGUACAAGUUUCUUAAAAUUUUUGCUUUUGCUUAUUUAAUUUUGAAUAAAAGCUAAAUUCAUAUA